GGCUGAUUUUCUGUACAAAGAACUGAAAGGCAUGUAUCCCCAAGGGACGCAGUUAUUUUAGAUUUUACUAAGAAGUCAGUAUUUUUCAACAUUCCUUUCUUUGUUUUAAAGAAAGCUCUGGUUUUGUUUCAUUUUCAUCUGGAGACUUAAAUGACACCAAGCAAAGCCUACUUAGUUUAGAUUUCCAGGAGUCAAAUGGUGAAAAAGCAAGCAUGAAGUUUUCAGGGUUGUAUUGUUUUCUGCUACUUCUCGUUUUUCAAAUCGACUUUGGACAAAAUGAAGAAACUUCUAGGAAGCAAAGAAGGAAGAUGUAUUACAGAAGAUCGAGGAAAAGUACCUUGCCCACGCACAGAGUCAGCAGGCAGCUUGGAAUUCAGCAAAUGAGGAUCGUUACACCAGCCGCAACACUUCCCGUGGUUAACUUGGAUUAUAGCACAGAAGAAAAGUUUGAAUCCUUUUUAAGUGUGCCUGGAGUAGAAUCAAGCUAUAAUGUGUUACCAGGAAAGAAAGGACGCUGUUUGGUAAAUGGGAUGACCAUGUAUAACAGAGCUGUAUGGUCUCCCGAGCCCUGCACCACCUGCCUCUGCUCGAAUGGAAGGGUCCUUUGUGAUGAAACCAAGUGCCACCCUCAGACGUGCCCCCAAACAGUUAUACCUGAAGGAGAAUGCUGCCCGGUCUGCUCAGAUACUGCCUCCUAUUUGCUCCUCAGUGGUGUAGCAUUAAAUGACAGAACUGAAUUUUCUGGUGAUUCUUCAGAACAAAGCGAACCUACCAGUUUCCUUCAUAAGCAACAGCCACCUCCUUGGGUGGAAAUGGAUCAAGCACUGAGAAAAGAGGAGCUUCAAACUGAGGAGGAUGAAGAAGAAAUUAAACAAGAUGAAGAUAGGGAGCAAAAGAAAAAGACCCCUCGACCUGAAGACUGGGGGAGGCCUCCCACGGAGGGGCAGAGCAGAGACAGGGGUGAGCAGAGACCUGGAGAGGAGGGGAGGCAGGCCCAUCAGCACAGAAACCCAGCACGGGAGGAGGGGGAGGACGAGGAGGACGAGGAGGAUGAGGAGGACGAGGAGAACGAGGACGAGGACGAGGACGACUAUGACACCGUCAGAGGAGAUGUGUUCAGGACGCCCUCUCGACUCCCAAUCCCAGCUCCUCCCAGAGGCUCACCGCCUCUGCCAAGCAGAUGCUCUCUGUCCUACAAAACCAUCACCUGUAACCACGUCGCCCUCACACAGGUACCACCGCUAACAGCACCAGAGAUAACAAGCCUGGAGCUUGUUGGUAACUCUAUCACCUCGAUUCCGGAUGAAGCAUUUAAUGGAUUACCGAAUUUGGAAAGGCUUGAUCUGAGCAGAAAUAAUAUCACCUCUUCAGGUAUAGGUCCAAAAGCAUUCAAGCAUCUAAAGAAUUUAAUGCGCCUGAGUAUGGAUGGGAACAACUUGGUUGCAAUUCCAUCAGAGCUACCACCUACAUUAGAAGAACUUAAAAUCAAUGAGAACAAACUUCAGGUUAUCGAUGAAGGAAGUUUAUCAGACUUAAAUCAAUUGGUCACCUUAGAAAUGGAAGGAAACAAUCUCAGUGAAGCCAAUGUCAAUUCUUUAGCUUUCAAACCUUUGAAGAGCCUGUCCUACCUGCGUCUGGGAAGAAAUAAAUUUAGAAUUAUACCACAGGGUCUUCCUGCUUCUAUUGAGGAACUAUACCUAGAAAAUAACCAAAUUGAAGAAAUAACUGAAAUUUGUUUUAAUCAUACCAGAAAAAUCAAUGUCAUUGUACUACGUUAUAAUAAAAUUGAAGAAAACAGAAUUGCUCCUUUAGCCUGGAUAAAUCAAGAAAAUCUAGAGUCGAUUGACCUCUCCUACAACAAGCUCUACCAUGUCCCCUCCUAUCUGCCCAAGUCCCUGCUGCACCUUGUGCUCAUCGGCAACCAGAUCGAGCGUAUCCCUGGCUACGUGUUUGGCCACAUGGAGCCAGGCCUGGAAUACCUGUACUUGUCAUUCAACAAACUUAUGGAUGACGGCAUAGACCAAGUCUCCUUCUACGGGGCUUACCAUUCUCUGCGAGAGCUGUUUCUCGAUCAUAAUGAAUUAAAAUCUAUACCACCUGGGGUACAAGAAAUGAAAGCACUACAUUUUCUGAGAUUGAACAACAACAAGAUACGGAAUAUUCUUCCAGAACAAAUCUGCAAUGCUGAAGACGAUGAGUCAACCCUGGAACAUCUUCAUCUUGAAAACAACUAUAUUAAAACAAGAGAAAUAUCAUCCUAUGCAUUUUCAUGCAUAAGAUCAUAUUCAAGUAUUGUCCUUAAACCACAAAAUAUCAAGUAAUUCCAAAUUUUUCUUUGUCAUUUAUAAAUUAUACUCAUGUAUCUGUUUCAGUAGCCAUUUCUCAUCAAUAAGAGAGACAUAAUGUCAUGUUAUACUCAUCACGUUAGUCAACCUGAUUUGCUAACCCACAGAACAACCAAAAACAUAUCUAUAAGGUUUAGUCAUAUAGCAGUUUCAGUGAAGGUUCAGUUCCACAUUCUAGACAGAAGUCAUGUCAUUACAAAGUUUUCUCAUGAGAAUAGGAUGUUGUGCACUGCUGAGCUAGACUAGAAGAAUUUAGAACAAAAUAAGCACAUCCUUUACAACAGAUCUGAGUAUUGUUAUUAGUUAAGAACUCCCUAAGUCCUUUUGAAAACUAUGUUAUGGUUCAAGACAAAGAAGCGAAUGACAGGAACAAAAAAAAUUGGUGGAAUUUAUGAAUUAGUGCUCUGUUUAUUAUUCUACUGUUAAAACAAUAAUUUAUCGAUUUUCUGUAAGACACUAUGAUACAAUUAGUGGUAUAAAUAAACAUAAUUAUUGGCUUAGCUUUAGUUCCUUCCAUUAAUUACAUGUGUGGAAUUAAAAACACCACUAUAAAGUUAACUUCCUGGUUUUGAGAACUGUACUGUGGUUAAGUGUGUAGUUAUUAUGAUUAGGGGAAGCUGGGAGAAGGGUAUAUGUGAAUUCUAUAUGAUCUUGUAAUUUUUCUGUAAGUCUAAAGUCUGUGUAAGUCUAAAAAGUUUAACGGUAUUUUAAGAUCACCCUCAUUAUUCUUUGCUGAAGAUCAAAAGAUUUUAUGGAAAGCAGUAGAGUUUGCGUAAAGUGUAAAGUUAAUUAUCUUGGACUAAACCUUGUAAAUGUAAACCUAAUGCAUACAUUUUUGAAAAUGUUUGCUCCCCCAGUCAUUGUUAGCACCUGUUUUCUUUGCCCUAAUUUGCUCAAAUGUAUCCUUUUACUCAAUUCAACAGAAAGCUAAUCACUAUGUACUAGACCCUACCAAAACCAUAUAUAUUAAAAUUUUCAUUAAGUAA